AAAGGCCAAAGGGCGAAUCUUCUUCUUCUUCUUCUUCUCUGUCGAUCAAAUCCUUUUUUUUUUAGAUUCAAACCCAAAAUUGCAGAGCAAAGAUGUCUCGCCGAUCGCUAACUCUCCUCAAGAAUCUCGCUAGAAACGCGAAUGGAUCUGGUAUCCAGACCCGAUCCGUGACUUACAUGCCUAGACCCGGUGACGGAGCACCACGAGCGGUGACGCUGAUUCCUGGAGAUGGAAUUGGUCCUUUGGUGACGAACGCCGUGGAGCAGGUGAUGGAAGCGAUGCACGCGCCGAUCUUCUUCGAGAAGUACGAUGUUCACGGAGAAAUGAGCCGUAUGCCUCCGGAAGUGAUGGAGUCCAUAAGGAAGAACAAGGUUUGUUUGAAAGGUGGGCUUAAGACUCCUGUUGGUGGUGGUGUGAGUUCGCUUAACGUCCAGCUUAGGAAAGAGCUUGACCUCUUUGCGUCUCUGGUCAACUGUUUCAAUUUGCCUGGUUUACCUACUCGCCAUGAAAAUGUCGAUAUCGUUGUCAUCAGAGAGAACACUGAAGGUGAGUAUGCGGGGCUUGAGCAUGAGGUUGUUCCUGGUGUUGUUGAGAGUCUUAAGGUGAUCACGAAGUUCUGUUCGGAGCGUAUUGCAAAGUAUGCUUUUGAGUAUGCCUACCUGAACAACAGGAAGAAAGUUACAGCGGUGCAUAAGGCUAACAUCAUGAAACUUGCGGAUGGUUUGUUCUUGGAAUCUUGUCGGGAGGUUGCUAAAAAAUAUCCGAGCAUCACCUACAAUGAAAUCAUUGUUGAUAACUGCUGUAUGCAACUUGUAGCGAAACCAGAGCAAUUCGAUGUCAUGGUAACACCCAAUCUCUAUGGGAAUUUAGUUGCAAACACUGCUGCUGGUAUUGCUGGAGGCACAGGAGUCAUGCCUGGAGGAAAUGUUGGGGCUGACCAUGCAGUAUUUGAGCAAGGUGCAUCAGCAGGUAAUGUUGGGAAAGACAAGAUAGUAUUGGAAAACAAAGCAAACCCAGUGGCAUUGCUUCUCUCAUCAGCGAUGAUGCUUAGACACCUUCAGUUUCCGUCAUUUGCUGACCGGCUUGAAACAGCAGUGAAAAAAGUCAUCGCUGAAGGAAAGUGCCGGACGAAAGAUCUUGGUGGAACAAGCACGACUCAAGAGGUAGUUGAUGCGGUCAUUGCAAAACUAGACUGACUUUGACAAAUUACGUGUUCCUUGUCUGCAUAAAUCAUCAAAUUCCUGCUACAGAUUUUGUGUGUUUGCCAAAAUAUGGGGUAUGAUCCAAUUCAAUGCACACCGUUUAUCUGGUUUUGUACCUCGAGUUUUAAUAUUCUUUUAGUCGUCGAAUAUUUCGAUAAGAAAAAAGAACAUGUUCUAAAUAAAUUUAUGUUGCUACCUUUGUUGGCGGCUUUCCUCA